GCGUAUUGUUUUCGAAGGAGUGGAGUAUACGAUGAUCGAGGUCGCCGAACGUCUUAUGCCGUGUUUAUUUUUAUGGUCUUUUUGUUGAAAUUUUGGUUGAAAGAAAAGAGUAGCAAUUCACCACGCUGCUGAGUCAGAUCCAUUUUCUCUAAACGUCACCUUACGGUGUGAUUGACAUUGGCGGGGAAAUCCUGUGUUCAUUCAGUUCGUUUUUCCCUUCGCGUUGAAGUCACGACGAGAUUGGAAACCGAAAAAAGGGCGGGAGGAGUCGAGAUGAUGAUCAAAACGGUGAUCACCACCGAUCCAAAAACGAUUUAAGCUAGCCCAUCCCGCGUGGGCUAACGAGACAGGAACACAAAAAUGUGGCGCUGCGGUUAUGCUACGACGAAGGAAACCGCCUCGUUUGGUUUGGUACUCGUUUUGGGACUGAGACUCCGUCGAGCAAUAUGAACGGGUACUACUUUGAAAGCGUCGUUUACGAGCCAGACUGAGGAAUUUGAAAACGAGAGAGAGAGAGAAAGAGAGAGAGGCAGCAGAAGAGAUUCGUAGAGUCGAGAGAGAGAGAGACGUACCAAACCCAAUGCAUUCCACUCUGACGGGAAGUGUCAUCGAGCAUUGUUCGUUCUUGCAUGGCUGGUUCUAAAGACAGAAUAAUAAUAAUUGCAUGCAUAGUACCCAGCAGUGGUGGUUUGUGAGUGAGAAGUUGUGGUGCCUUUUUUGGUGCGAAAGGACAUGAGGACAUUGUCGCAUAUUUUCGCGUGAGAGUUUAGGAUUGUCAGUUGGCGACACUUUCUCAAAGUUUAAGGGAGCAUGGGCGUGGACUGGAAAGGGCGUAAGUUGAAAGUGACAGGGCGGUCAGGGUGAGCCAUACAUACCGCUGAAAUUGAUUUAGGAACAGAGAUCGCUCUCCAGCCGCAAUUAGGACCCCCAUAGGACGAGUGAUGACCCGGCAUCUGACCGGGGCUGCUGUCCUCAGUUUGUGUCUGGCGCUGAGAGCAGUCGUGGCAGGACACGCCGAUGACGACUGUCACAGGUUUAAGGAACAAGAACUCCAGUCCCACCCAUUUCUCGCCAGCAUCAUCCCUUGCACUUAUGUCAAAGAGUACCGCCCCCCCACCGAGCGUGGCAAACCCGUUCAGGUCGAAUUUACAAUGUAUAUUCAGGAUAUAAAUUCCAUCAAUGCGGCUGAUAUGGAUUUCAGAAUUGACCUGUUCUUGCACAUGACCUGGGAAGACCCUCGCCUCAACUUGACCAGAAUCAACUUCGUGGAAGGAAGGCAGAACGAACAUGACUACAUCACUCUGCCCGCUUAUGCCAUCGACUACAUCUGGACCCCUGAUCCUUAUGUCACCAACUCCAAGGAUUCUGCGAUAACAAAACUGACGACGACCUACGCAUCGCUGACCCUCUACAGGAACCACACGAUCCGGUACUCCGCUCGGGUCUACAGCAUCAUAGGGUGCCAAAUGGAAUUCAGGGAGUACCCCAUGGACGUACAGACCUGCCACAUGAUUUUCCAGAGCUUUAUGCAUUCCCAUUCCGAGGUGGCGUUCCAGUGGCGCAAAUGGUCACCGGUGAUGAUCAACAAGGAGUUGAAGCUCCUCCAGUUCUCCCUCGAACAACCCUUGAAAAACUACGUCAGGUUAAGCGAGGAGAACGAACAUGGAGAUGGUACGAGAAACACGCAACAGCUGGUGGUGGAACUCGAGUUCUCGCGAGAAAUAGGCCACCACAUAGUACAGACCUUCGUCCCGUCGUUCCUGGUCGUGACGCUCUCCUGGUUCAGCUUCUGGCUCGGCCUGGAAGCCAUCCCCGGCCGGGUGACUCUCCUGGUCACGUCCUUACUCACCCUGACGACGCUCUUCACGGGGAUCAAGGAGGGACUCCCUCCCGUGGCCUACGUCAAGGCCAUCGACGUGUGGAUGGCAGGCUGCAUGGUAUUCGUCUUUGCUGCCCUGGGCGAGUUCGUCGUCGUCAGGGUGUUAAACGUGAUGCACGUCAGUAGACAGGUAGAACCAGUGUUCCCCCCACCAACACCCGUCCAACCAAUUCAGACGCCCUCUGCAACAGCGGCCAAGGCGGAUCAACGAAGCGAUUAUCUGCGUCGUGUGGCUAUGACUAAUGGAACUGCAGAUAACGAGGACAAAGCGAUAGCUGCUCAUAACAACAAAGUUAACCAAGCCAUGAACCCGCUGGAAAACGGGAGCAUCCCCUGCAACCUCCACACGAGAAGCAGAUCAGCGUGGGACGCCGAGAGCGCUGGUUUCCGACGGCCGAACGGAGGGAGGUUCUCCCUGGCGUGGAACGACCCGAAGACGGGGGAGAAGAAGAUCCUGUGGAAGGAGAUCGAUAAGGCUUCGAGGAUAGUUUUCCCGCUCAUGUUUUUACUCUUCAUGUCGAUAUAUUUCCCGAUUUUACUCUCUAGGGCUUUCUAAUAAUUAUUAUAGAAAUAUAUUCCCCUCUCGCCCUCUCUCCUGGCUUCUGCGUAAAUCAGGCCUGUAGUAUGAUAAGGUAGAUGGAAGAGACUCAUUACAAACGGCGACCCCAAAUAAGGAAAAAGCUGGGAAGAAGAAGAG